ACACACCCCUAGCUCUACCUCCACUUAUAAAUCACCCAAACCCAUUUUCCCAAAUCUUCACCAAUGUAACUCUCCUAACCUGAUCUUCCCAAUUCCCAAAUCUCAAACAACUCUCAAAACCCUAACAACAAUAUCCAUCUCCUCAAAUGGCUCUAGCUUAUCUCGAAUCAAACAAAACCAACCCCACCUCACCAAUGUCCUCACCACCCCAACUCAUCCUAACCCAAGACCAACUCAAAAAAAUCGCAGCCUACAAAGCAGUCGAGUUCGUCGAGUCCGGCAUGGUCCUGGGCCUGGGCACCGGCUCCACCGCCAAACACGCAAUCGACAGAAUCGGACACCUUCUCAGCCAAGGCAAACUCACAAACAUCAUCGGCAUCCCCACUUCAACCAAAACCCACGAACAAGCCUCAUCGUUAAACAUACCCCUGUCGGAUCUUGACACCCACCCGGUUCUCGAUCUGGCAAUCGACGGCGCAGAUGAAGUCGACCCGGAUAUGAAUCUGGUUAAGGGCCGGGGCGGGUCGUUGUUAAGAGAGAAAAUGAUAGAAGGUUGUUGUAAAAAGUUUGUUGUGAUUGUUGAUGAAACAAAAUUAGUGGAUUAUGUUGGGGGGAGUGGUUUGGCAUUGCCUGUGGAAGUGGUGCCGUUUUGUUGGAAAUUUACUGCUAAAAAGCUUGAAUGCAUGUUUGAAGAAGCGGGUUGUGUGGCUAAGUUGAGGGUUUGUUGUGAAAAUGGUGAACCGUAUGUGACGGAUAAUGGGAAUUAUGUUGUGGAUUUGUUCAUGAAGAAAUGUAUUGGGGAUUUGAGAGCUGCGGGUGAUAAGAUGUUGAGGCUUGCUGGUGUGGUGGAGCAUGGGAUGUUUGUUGAUAUGGCUACUACGUUGAUUGUGGCUGGGGAGUUUGGUGUUACGGUUAGGAAUAAGUGUUGAGGUUUUGAUGUUCCGGCUAACGUUGUUAGGAUAUGAAGCUAGGGUUUAUGUCUUCGAUUUUACAAUGUUUUUUUUUUUUAAUGUUAAUGGGAUAGUUUGACAAAUGAUUUUUUUGUUU